AACCGUCCGCUUGUCAGAGUCCAGCCGGAGCCGCGGGUCCUGCCGGUAUGGAACUGGCCGAGGUCCUACAGACUUUGACGCGGUUUCCGUCGGCGUCGCCUCGCCUGCACCACUUGUUCGUCCUGCUCGUUCUCGCCGUCGCGACCUUUAAAAUCGCGUCGCUGCUCCUCCGAAGGCGCAAGUGGCUCCGUGAUUUCCAGCCCUUCCCCGGACCGCCGCACCACUGGCUCUUCGGGCACAUGAACGAGUUUAAACAAGAUGGGACGGACCUGUUCAAGAUGCUGAAAUGGGGAGAGCAGUACCCUUUUGCACUGUCAUUGUGGUUUGGACCCUUUGUUUCUUUGCUCAAUAUUCACCAUCCCGAGUACGCAAAGACCGUGCUGGCGUCAACAGAGCCAAAAGAUGACUUUGCAUAUCAUUUCCUUAUACCUUGGAUUGGAGAUGGUCUGCUAGUGUCAGAAGGUCAGAAGUGGUUUCGCCACAGAAGGCUGCUGACGCCGGGUUUCCAUUACAACAUCUUGAAGCCGUACGUCCACCUGAUGUCCGUUUCUGCCUCCACUAUGCUGGACAAAUGGGAGGGUUACGCCAAAGCCAACGAGACGUUUGAACUGUUUGAGCAUGUUAGUCUCAUGACACUGGACAGUAUCAUGAAAUGUGCCUUUAGCAGCAACAGCAACUGUCAGACAGAGGGAGGAACAAAUGCGUACAUCAAAGCGGUGUAUGAACUCAGUGAUCUGGUGAACCUGCGAGUCAGAACAUUUCCAUACCACAGCGAUAUCAUUUUCCAUCUCAGCCCACAUGGUUUCAGAUUCAGGAGAGCAUGCAGGGUGUCCAAACAGCACACAGAGGAAGUCAUAAGAAAGAGGAAAGAAGCACUGAAGGACGAGAAGGAGCUAGACAAAUUACAGGCCAAGAGGAACCUGGAUUUUCUGGACAUCCUCCUCUCUGCACGAGAUGAGAAGCAGCAGGGUCUUUCGGACGAGGCCAUCCGAGCGGAGGUGGACACCUUCAUGUUCGAGGGCCACGACACCACAGCCAGCGGCAUCUCUUUCAUACUCUACUGCCUCGCCUGCCACCCGAAGCACCAGCAGAUCUGCAGGGAGGAGAUCCUACGGGUCCUGCAGGGCAAGGAAUCCAUAGAGUGGGAGGAGCUGGGCAAAAUCCCAUACACCACAAUGUGCAUUAAGGAAUCUCUCCGUCUUUACCCCCCCGUGCCGGGAAUGGCCAGAAAACUAACCAAACCCAUGACCUUCUUUGAUGGAAGGAGUUUGCCUGAAGGUUGUAUUGUUGCUACCAGUGUGUUUGGGAUUCACAGGAAUCAGACUGUGUGGGAAAACCCAAACGACUUUGACCCGCUUCGUUUCCUGCCAGAGAACGUAUCAAAGAGAUCGCCUCAUGCGUUCGUGCCCUUCUCCGCCGGCCCCAGAAACUGCAUAGGUCAGAACUUUGCCAUGAAUGAGAUCAAGGUGGUGAUAGCGCAGACGUUGAGGAGAUAUCAGCUCGUAGAGGACCCCACCAGGAAACCCAAGAUGAUUCCUAGAGUGGUGCUUCGCUCGCUCAAUGGUAUCCACAUCAAAAUCAAGCCUGUGGACCCGCCAGCAUAAAGGGAACUCACGCCAACACUGGAAUUUCAUCGCUCACAUUCAGGCAAUAGGUUUCCCCUUUGGUAGGAAUUAAUGGAUGUAUAGAAAAAUAAAGAGAAGUGUGACUAACUUAACGCCAGAAUGAAUUCAUCUGUACAUUUUGCCUUUUAAUUUCCCUCGUUAUUUUAUCAGAACUUUAAAUUCCCUGUUUGUUUGUAAUGAGGCACUGCAAUUUUUUGAAUUUGAGAAAAUGACUGAUAUUGUCUGUUUUAUUUUCAACAUUUCAACCCAAAUCAUUUCAAAUAAAUGUCAAAAAAUAUUUUUUUGUGAAAAUUAACAAUAUCUGUACUAUUAUGCCAUCUUCUCAGACGUGUUUAUGAAUGAAUAACCCUUGUGAGGCAAAUUUGUAAUUUGUGAUACUGGGUUAUAUAAAUAAAAUUGAUUUGACUUAAUAUGAAUAACCCCAUAAUAUCAAUAGUAGAAAUUACUGCAGAAAUCCAGUUGUCCCGCAAACAUGUUCAUCAACUUUCUGUCAUCAGCUAUCUGAAAAGCCAGUUCAUGAAUAAACCUGGUCUGUUUGUCACUGACACAAUAAAGCAUCUUAUCUAAUUGCUUUUGUGAGGUUACUAUUCUACACAAGGAAUGGAUCUGGCCAAUGUUUAACUCUUGCACAACAUCUUGGAAACAUGCAAAGUAAGGUAUGACCACAGUACUCUGGAUCGCCAAUAGUUUACAUCUCCAUUUGUGUCAAAAGUACUUGGAGAACUUUCAAAUAUGAUUUUCAUGUUUAAUUUGGGGAUGAGUUGUUGCCUCAAGUGAAGGAGUUCAAGUGUCUCGGGG